UUUAAUUUCGUACGACUAGUUUCUUUUACUACCGAAAAUUAGAAAAGUAAAUAUAGAUUUUUAUUAUGAAAGUCAAUAAAGUCUCUCUCGGGAGAGCAGGUUUUUCAAUUAUCGUUGCUUACAUUAGUUUUGAUCAACAUUCUCAAAAUGCUCAGAAGCAGUCAGUAUAUUAGCAUAUUGAACCAGGCAUUGCAUUUUUAGUAUAAAUUAGCUUCCAAUACUCUAGUAGAGUACAUUCAGUCUUCCACCUUCAGGCAGACACCACCUAAAGAGAUGUUUCGAUUGCUGCUUAUUGUGUCGGCUUUGAUUGCCUGUGCGUAUGCCAGACCAUUGGAUGAAGCCCGCGCAACCGGUGAUGUUACCAGCAACAUCGACCCUGAUGGUAGCUACAGUUACUCUUAUCGUACCUCCAAUGGAAUCUCUGGUCAAGAGGAAGGAGUUGGUGGACAGCGUGUCACUGGUAGUUACUCUUACAAUUCCCCAGAGGGCAAACUGAUCAAGAAUUCAUACAUUGCCGAUGAGAACGGAUACCAACCAAGUGUGCCUACCAGACAACCUACAAGGCCACCCACCACCUGGAUCCCAUCCAUAUCUUGUAGAGGCCUGAAGUGUGGUGCAGGUUAAAUAUUAAUUGCUCACAAAUAA